AUGCCUAAUUUAGCUGACCCACGCGGGGGCGGGACGGGGGCAGGACUAACUGGCUGCGGCGGCGGCGGCGGCGGCGGCGGCGGCGGCGGCGGCGGCUCAGGCUGUCCGCCCCCAUCAGGGGGUGGAGCGGUGUCGGCUUUCCCUCGAGGCGGGCCACCCGCCCCAGGUAGCGAGCAGUCAGUGACCCCUGAAAAAGCCGUCUGCGACCGCCGCUACAUCGUGGGGCCGCGUUCACACGCGCCACCAGAGACGCCACAGCCACUGCCCGUGGCGCCGCAGUUGCGCGUUGUCGGUGGCAUCGCUGCAGUAAUGCCGGGUUCACACAGAACCAGAGACGCAGGUGCGUGUGUCCUGAGGCUGUGCGUGAGUGCGUGUGCGAGUCUGGGAUUAGCUGCUGUGCCGCGGGGACGCAGAAUAGAGGCGGCCCGUAGCCGGCUGUCGCCCGACCUUCCUCCCAGACCUUUUCGGUCCGUCCCUUUGUGUCCGGCGCGCGCAAUCUCGUCCGCGGAAGGCAUCGCCAGGGACGGCUCGCUGCCACCUCCAGCCAGCGGCGCCUGCUGUGCCGGGGGCUGCGCAGAGGCGCGCCUGGGACGCGGAACUUUGGUCAAAGGCGGCCGUCUGUGCGGGGGCGGCAGGCGGCGCUGCGGCCGCAGUAAUACGCAGAUUCGCAUUCUGGAGGCGAGCGCGCCGUCAGAGGGAGAGCGCGGUGGGCCGCUGUCGGUUUUGCGGGGGCGGGCGGCCGGACAGCUCGCCUCCUGGGGCAGGGAGAGCGGAUUCCGGGCGGACAGCCUGCAGGCCGCGGCGGCGGCGACACGUGGACAGGCGCGUGUAAACACGUGGCGCGGGGGCGGGGUGGGGGCGGAGUGGGGGCGGGGAGGUCGACAGAGCGUGCUAAUCCCGCAUAUGAACUGGCGGGCACGCGCUGUCGCCAGCAAAAACUGCGCCCCCGUUUCUCACACGCUCUUAACGGCGCUCGCAGGUAUACAAAGCGCGCACGGCUAA